UGAAACAAAGGGAAUCUUCAGUUGAGUUAACUUGCAGUUUCAAGGCAGCAAGUGAACCUUCAUUUGCAAGUUAAGCUGACCUGAAAUGUCUUACGCUGUAGUAGUUCACACUUUUCCAUAUCUGAUCACGUAUCGUUUGAAUUUUUUUAACUUCUUUCCACUAGUAUCUUGGAAUAAAUCCAUCUGCAGACUGCACACUAAACCCCAAAAACCAACACAAAUUAGUCACUGCAUCUUCAAAGUGGAGAGAUAACAGGCUACGACAGAUUUCACUUGUGGAAUAUUGUGCAAUGAUGCAACCACCUCAUUGUUCACAUGAAUUUCCAUUAGAAACAAAAACAGAUUGCACACAGUGGAAGAAGUCUGUGCCUAUACUUGUUCUUUUCCCACCUUUCCUUAACUGUUAUAUCCUCUGCCAUUGGAUAACCCUCCAUGCUCUCAGACGUGCCCUCGGCAUUGUAGACAAGGCGAGCGUAAUAAUUGGAUGUCUCAGUGAAUCACAAAGAAUGUGUUGAAAGUUCCACUGACAUUCCCAUCAUGUUGCCCUAAAGCUCUGGAGGCAAUACACUUUCUCGUAAUCUAGGCACAGCAGGUCAUGCCGUACAUACAUGUAUGUGUACGCAUUCGUGUAAUGGGUUGUGCCUGAGUGGCAUGGCUCGUGCUCUCAGCAUUAAUGAGCUCUUUGUGCAUGUGUGCGUGCACAAGGGUUCUUUGAGGCUCUGUGGUAAUAGCCGUAACCACGGCAACAGCAAGCAAUGGCUAUGUUUCAAAAGGCUGGCCGUCUACACUAGGCUCUCUCGCUCUCUUUUAUCGGCAGCAAGGCAACUCUACCUAUUUCUUUCAUCACAGCCAGCCAGGAGACAGACAGGACUGCUCCACUGAGGGAUUUCUUAGUCUCUCUCUGACAAAGAGACUCGGCACAUUUAGGCAAACUGUGACGUUGCCCUCGCUGAAGCUUUUCUGAAGAUGAUAGCUGAAUAUACACAGAAAGACUUCUCACUCCAUACUGGAAUACACAUUUUUGGGACAUCAUUUUAGUGCAAAACUGUCUAAAUAUCUAUUGUAAGGACGCAUGUACACAAAGAUAUGACAUGGCGGUGAAGAACUCAAGUCCUGAAGUAAGACCCGCAGAGCUGGAUGCGGUACGGUGCCAAAGGGGAGAAGAUGAGGACAAGGAUGUAGAUUGUUCGCAGCAGUUCCCCCGCUGUCCAGCCUGUAACCGAGACUGUGACGUCGCCCUGAUGCUGCCAUGCUCUCACACGAUGUGUGGUCGCUGUGUAGUAGCCGGAGAGGAAACUAGUCAGCUUCCACACCGUGUUGAACAACAAUCUGCCUGCUCUGUGCUGUGCCCCUGUUGUCGACAUCCUGUGGAGCUGCCAUGCUGGAGGUGGUCGUCUGCCACUUUCUGUCUCCCAAAAUAUCCCCUACAGCAUGUGCAGGGUGGUACAGCAGAAGGAACAGGGCAGACGGGUUCAUAUAGUUCCAAUGCUCCCAGUCCCCCUAUGAUACCAGUAGAUGUCGCUGUAGACCUGGAAGAGGAGGAAAUGAAGAAUUCUGUCUAUGGACUUCGUUUUGCUCUGGACUCAUCAACUGUCCCACCAGCUCUCCAUCUUUCCAACUCCUCCCUCACAGUCAGCUACCACGAGGAGAGUCUCCCAGCCCCACUUCCCGUCAAAAGGAUCAGCACGCCACUGAUGAGCUCUAACCCCAGGGCAUGCUGUCACGUGUGUGCUGAUGUUGUGAUAACACGAGGGCAAUACUACUGGGAGGUGGAUGUUUGUAAUAGCUCCAUCUACAUGAUUGGUGUGAUUUCACUGGAUGGUUCUAAUGGCUGGUGGCUCACGAGGAAAGGUUUGUCUUUCUUUGCCGAGUAUGAUGGAAGCUGUGAGCCGCUUCGCACUGUCCCGCCUCAGAUCAAAACCCUUGGGGUUUUCCUCAACGUUGGAGGAGGGACGCUGAGCUUCCACAACCCCCUGACCCAAGAGCAUCUCGCCACACUUCCCACUCGCUUCAGCCCCGCUGGAGUGCUCCCAGCUCUGGGCCUGGGCCAAGGCAUCCUGAGGCUGCGAUGCGGCCUGCCCCCUCCCCCUCACGUGUUUGUCAGCAAGGACUCGGCCUACAGGGGGCCUGCCGGGGCCGGCGAAGGUCGGUGGCGCAGGGAGGUUUCCUUCCGGCCAGUGAGGACGGUGAUACAGAAGUUUGAGGAGCUGGCGCUGUCGGACUCGGACUCGGGCCUCGUGUCCAGUUUUGGAUCGUCCUGCUCCACGUUGGCUUCCCUUCCAGAUGUGGGAAUUCCUGGGAGCUUUCCCUCUGGGCAUGCAGGACAGGAAACUGGGGCUGAAUAAGAAGGACUUCUUAAACUUUCUCUUGAAUGGGAGGAUAAAAAAAAAAAAAAAAAAAACACCCACCGUUUCCUGAGUGGUUUGAUCUUUCAACAUCAUUUGAAAGGCUAAUUUUUCAUCUUGAAGGACUUUUGGCUGUCUCUGUCCACUCUCUGCGUGACCCCGGACCUGCAAUUGACUCUCUCCCCAGGACAUGGCCCUUUCUCUCAACUAAACAUCCCCCGCUGGUUUGGGCUCGGGCCAGAGAGAGCCCUCUGUAAUGUGAAGUGUGAGGAAAGGGUGGGCUUUUAGCAGCGGGACUCCUUGAUUUGUCUCGGUGUGACUGUUGUCAGACGGCAGGGGUCCUACGCUUGUAGCGCGCACGUUUCUCCGUGUUUGCUCAGUCGCUCAUGCAUUUCGGCGUGUGUGAGCGAGAGAAAACAAUGUACGAGCGUUAGGGGGUGAAACGACGAGGCGCGAGUACAGCGACACCAGCAGUGUUGACACAGAGCGCCCGAGGACAGGUGGUGGCAUACGUUUACCCCACAGCCUGCCUUUCGAUAGAUAGGACAGUAGGGCUGCCCUUUUCUGACCCUUUGAAAACCACAGGGCUCCGAAUGACUUCAAAAGGGGCGACAGAGAGCGGGAGCACAGAGAGGAGGAAAGAGAAAACAGCAUGCAUGAAUUAAAGACAGCAGGUGACAAACUGAAAAAAAAAAAAAAAAGGAAUUAGCUGGGAGAGGGAUUCCCAACGUCUUUCAUGCCAAGAAGUCCUAGCAGAUCAGCUGGCUCAGACCGCAACAUCUGAGAAUUUGUCUGAGGUAGCGCUGUAUAUAUUAUAGCGUCGAAAAACACUGUGCCCUCAACGCACGACGCCUCGGUGGAGCGCCUCAGUUUACCCUUUUAACGUAUUGUGAUCCUUGCACAAAUAACAGAAUCGGCAAGUAAACACAUCCAUCUGUAUUUGGUCUCAACAUAAUCAACAAUGAAUGAAAAUCUGCAAGAAGUCCCACCAUAUGUCCGCCAUAUUUCUGCAGUUUCUGUGUGAGGCUUUCACUGUUUUGACUUUUUUUUUGUGGGGGGGGGGGGGGGGUCUUCAUAA